AAUGAUGUUAUUGUUACAGCAAAGAAAUAUCCCAUUUGUACAGUUACGAAGAAUUGCUUCAACAGUUAAAGAAGUGAACUUUUAUGACAUUUUACAAAUUUCCCCAAAAGCCAGCCAAAGUCAAGUCAAAAAAGCUUUUUAUAAACUAUCAAAAACAUAUCAUCCCGAUGUAAAUAAAUCAAAGGAAGCUAAAGAAAAAUAUAUAAAAAUAACGGAAGCCUACGAAAUUCUAGGGAAUUCUGAUCAGCGUAAAAUGUACGAUGAACGUUUCGAAAUUUACGAAGUAAAAGAGGCAAUGAAGAACGUUGACCCAUCAUAUAGACAAUUUUAUAGACAAAGAGGAACGUUUAAAGCUAGGUCUAAGGCUCCGAUGAGUGGUAGAACGAGCUAUUAUAAUUUCGAUGAGUUUUACAAAGAACAUUACGGAAGAAAUAUAAGAGAGAGUUAUCAUCGAAAGAUGCAAGAGAAAGAAGCUAAGAAGGAGUUUGAACAAUGGAGUGGAAGUAAUAGAAGAAUAAUUGCUCUUUAUGGACUUAGUUUACCAAUAAUUUUAAUAGCAAUAUUAAGCAUAUUAAAAUAA